ACCGGAAGUGGAUCGCUGUUGUUGUGCACCUUUUAAUUUGUCCUCCUCUGACGAAGACAUUUUGGCCCACUCACUCGCCGACGUUACAGUUGAAGCUGUUUUAAAAUGCCUUCCUGCAAGAAUUUUAGGAGGCGAAAGGAUUCUUCGGAUGUGGAAGAAGACGAAACAACGCAAGAAGUCAGAUCUAAAGUAGAAGAGGCCAAAGAGCUACAGAGUCUGCGACGACGGCAGAACGGAGUCAGCGUGACUGCCUUGUUAGUUGGAGAAAAAUUACCACCCGAGGCUGAGAUUGAUAAUGACCCUUUUAAACUGAAAACCGGGGGGGUUGUUGACAUGAAGAAAGUCAAAGAUCGCAACCGAGACAUGACAGAGGAUGACACAGACCUCAAUUUGGGUACCUCCUUUUCUGCCGAGACCAACAGAAGAGAUGAAGAUGCAGACAUGAUGAAAUAUAUUGAGACAGAGCUAAGAAGAAAGAAGGGCCUUGUGGAAGCAGAGGAACAAAAAGUCAAGGUGAAAAAUGCAGAGGACCAUCUGUAUGAGCUGCCUGAGAACAUCCGCGUCAACUCCGCCAAAAAGACAGAGGAGAUGUUAUCCAAUCAGAUGUUGAGUGGGAUCCCUGAGGUCGACCUUGGGAUAGAUGCAAAGAUAAAGAAUAUCAUCCAGACAGAGGAGGCCAAAGCCAAGCUAAUAGCAGAACAAAGGAACAAGAAAAAAGACAACGGAACAUCAUUUGUUCCCACCAACAUCGCUGUCAACUAUGUCCAGCACAACCGCUUCUACCACGAGGAUGCCAAUGCCCCUCAGAGGCACCACAGACACAGAGAGGAACCCAAAGCAAGGCCUCUGCGUGUAGGAGACACAGAGAAACCUGGCCCAGAGACAACGUCACCACAAAACGUCCGCAAACGACCAAAUAACGAAAAGGCGACUGACGACUACCAUUACGAGAAGUUCAAGAAGAUGAAUCGCCGAUAUUAAGAUGUCUUAUUGCAAUAAACUGCUCAGCCCACCAGCGAAUACUAUUACAAAAAUGGACAAUAAUUACAUGUAUGUCCAAAAUCAUAUUCAGAGGUUGAAGCUUUCAGCCUCACUUUACUGUGGAGCUACUCUGACCAUGCUGUGCUUUGUAAAUAAUGUACAUAUUCCACUUCCAUUAAAAAACAGAAAAAAACACAAUUCAUGUUUAUUCAUAGAAUUUGUUUGUUGGAGAAAAAAAAGCAGGAAUUGGUUGGAUUU